AUGGUCCCAGGGUCCCAGGGCUCCUAUGCUCGGGGUUUGACAUUGGAGGCCUGGGCGGAGCCGCGCGGGGCCGCCGCAGCACCGCCACCACCGGGCGGUGCGGCUCCCACCCGGCAAUGGCAGGAGGCGAUGGACAGCCUGCAGCGCGAGUAUGCAGAGGCGCUGAAGAGCAUUGACUUUCGGGUGAACCAGCGGAUGACGUCCUUGCGAUCGCAGUUGGAGUGUUCCAAGCAGCAUGAGCUGCCUCCAAGCUAUCCCCCUUCUGAUGUGUCUAGAGGCGAGACGGAUGCGGAGAUGGUCGAGACGGAUCCCGAGCUCAUCAGCCCCUGA